AUGGGCAGUUCUGAUGAAUCAGAGGAUGAUUUUGUCUUGGAUCCUUUGCUUAAUGUUCCGGAAAUACCGAAGUCAGUAGAUACAAUCGAUCCAAUUGAAAUGAUCUGUCAAUUUAUGACAAAGCACCAGACCAACACAAAAAAAUUCCUUAUUGCAUACCUGCGAUCUACCAAUGAAAGCAUUGUCCGACGUAAAAAACAGUGGGGAUCUGUGAAAAGAGGGUGGCAGACUACUGAGGAAGUUCUAGACGCAGUUGACGAGCUGGUUAAUCAAAAGCCAGAAUGCCGACAAAAGUGGAAUGACUGGGUUCUUAAAAAGGCCAAAGUCAUUGUAGCAUCACAGUCUACGCCACCACAAAGUCUGUUUAUCAACACAAACAAGAUCGACACUGGUCUCUUUGAUCACGAUUCAGAUAUAAAACGAGAGACAGCAGUGGUUGCAGGCAUGGGCUUCCUGCACAGCUUAAUCACGCACAAGUUGGAACAUGAAUAUAACUCUUCCAGAGCAAGCCGUAACCAAUCCGGACGCCAAACCGUGAUUUAUGAAGGCUCAAACCCUGAAUCGGACUCAGAAUCGGAUGUAGAUAGUGAUUUUGACACGUCUUGCAAUAGUGGUGCUCAUGAAUCUCAUGCCAUUGCGAGUAGACAGCAAACAGUAGGAGAUUAUGUUUAUCAUAAAUCAAAGGACAGAGUUGAAAAUAUCAAGAACCGAUUCAAGACGGCAAAAUUGGUCACGAUCAAGAAAAAAAUUAAAGCUGCUGGGGCUUUUUGGGUUUUUCUGUGUAUUGAUAAUCUUGACAUGAUGGAACGUGUUCAUAGUCGUAGAAUUGAUGCUACUAGCAAGACAUAUCAUGGUACUUGGGGUUACGUUCACUUUGUGAACCCCGAGCUCCUGACCGGGCUUGAUCCAAGCCUCUGUACUCUUCCUGUGCUUCAGAAAAUUCUCAAGGAUGACUGUGAACGACCAGUUGAUUCGGGUGAAUUACUUCGUAGUAAAGAGACCGUUGAAAAUCCUAUCAAUCUCUCCAUUGAGGAAUUUCAGAAUGCGGUCGACAACGUCUUUGUCACCUACUUUUCUGGCCGAGCCCUCCGCAAAGCACGCGAAGAACUGGAUGGUAACCAAGAACGUCUUUUACUUAGGAUUUGA